AUGGAGAACUGCCCGGAGGGGGUGCCGGACCUCCUGGCUGGCACGGUGCUGGCAAGCCUCGUGCUGAUUCUUGGGGUGUCCGUCUGGAUGCUGUGCAUGUCUGCGGCAAGCGAGAGGCUGCAGGAGCCCGUGGCGCCCCUUCAGAGUCUUGCGGAGGUGAAGAGCCCGAUGCAGAACUUCCUCAGCAGCUUCUCCUGGGCAGCCGGCUUUCUCCUCUCCCUGAUGGCCUUGCAAACCGGCGCCUUGGCAGUGGUCCGGAAGUCCUCCGAAGAGGAGGCGCCCGUGUGGAUCGUCGCGGCCGGCCCCGUGGCUCUGGCGCUUGCGGCUGCCCUGCGCCUUUCGCAGCUUCUCGCGAAGAAGCAGUUGGUGCACGCGUUCCUGAAGUGGGAUGUGAUCAUCACCGAUUUGCCGGAUGACGUUAUCCUCGAUGCAAUGCUCGUGGUCGCAAUCCUGGCGUACUUCCUCUUCAUCCUCUACCUCGUCAGCAUCGACCUGCAGACACUGGUGGUCGCCUUGACAGCUCUGGGCAGCGCAUUGUGGACCGUCCUCAAGGCCGUUAGCACUGCGCGGGACCUGGACCAAGGCUUAAAGCUCGUGGAGAUCAACUCCGCAUCCCUGGUGAAGAGCACGGAAAGGCUGAACAUGAAGCCGCUGCCCUGGGCAAAAUUGCUCGCGCUCAGCGACGAGGAGGAGCUUCGCAAGCUCUUGGAGUCGGACUCCGGCACCGGAUCCACGUUGCCUUCCUCGACUGCAUCGUCCCGCAGAUGGAGCUUGACAUCCGUGGCUCGGCAGGGGCCCCUGCUCCGUUUCUUGAGCCGCUCCCGAGCCGGCUUCCUCGUGUUGCCAGCCUUCUUGGCCCUGGUGGCGUUCUCGUGCUGCGUCUCCGCCGGGCACAUGACGGCCUACGCCUGUUCGGUCGGGGAGCUCGCGGACCUGAAGCUGGCCAGCUCCUUGCACUCCCUGGAGUUCUUGCCGUGGCAGACCCGUUACGAAGUCGCAAGCGACGUGUCCUUCACGAAACUGGCCCUGAUGGCUUGGGUUCAGCCCCCUACCACGCGUCGCAUCUCCAUCACCCAGCCGCAAGCCACCAGCAUGCCACCCUCCAGCCCACGUGUCAUUGCGGUUGACGACAAGCAGGGCGCGGCAGUCGAAGAGAUCCAGCUGUCGCACCGGCAAGUCCCGCGCGUGGCCACCAUCCGCGUCCAGGGCCUCCGUCCAUCUCGGCCCGAAACCACGUAUGAAGUGCGCUUCUCGCCAUCGGCGACGAUGCCGGCAGCCCUCCGGAUCACCGCCCAGGAGUUCCAGAGAACCAUCGCCUGGUCUUCCUUGCCCGGAUCGGUCUUCAGCAUCCCAGAAGGUCUCCAAGACUUUCGCUUCGAAGUGCAGCUUGCCGACUUCCUCCUGGGCCUGCCGAGGCCCCGCAGCCACGGACCCGCUGCUCUGGGUCAGCUUUGGACGACUUACAAUGACCGCCCGAACGCGACGGAGCAGAGCUGCUCUGCGGACUGUGGCCACGACCUGGCAUGCCUCGAGUCCUACGUCGGACCAGGAGGCUGCUACGCAGUCCUUGCCGACAGGAAAGGCUUGGAAUCGGGCGACCUCCCCCAGAAUCUUUCAACCUCACUGAAAGCUGCAGAGCAGAAUCUCACGGGCCGCUUGAGCGGGUGUCGGCUGGAGGAGGUGCGAGUCGCUGGAGAGGCAGAGGAGGCCAAGCGAGGCAAGACGACACAGUGCAGCGACGAAGUGGAGAUGAAGCCAGGCCAGCUCCAGCUCCCCUUCGGCAGAGUGCAGCCAGACUGGGCCUUCCGCCUCGCCACCCUCAGCUUCGCAUUGGAGCUGGAGACGGGAGGCCAAAAGUUCGAGGCCGAGGCCACGCCCAUCUCCUUCAGGCAGGGGACGCCCCCUCCAAGCGAUGCGAUGGCCAUGCUCGUAGGACAGAACGCCAGCGGCAGCUUCGUGCUGAAGACCGAGAGCUCCCUGGACGUGCAGGGAAACGUGGUCAUCUCCGUCUCGAAGUACGACCCGCUUGCCUUUGACACGCUUCGCUUGCUCGUGAUGCCGAUGCUGCCGGACCCCGCCUUCCGAGCCAACUGGUCCGAGUGGUCUCCAGCCACUAAGGCAGACCUGCAGGUCCUGCAAAGGCACGGGCGCUGCUUGGAGAGCGGGUUGAUCAGGUGGCGCUAUAGCAUCUGUGGUGCCUACCACGGCUCGAACGACAGCUCAGCCCUCGGAGAUGAGCCACUUGCCGUGCAGAUAAACCCAAUCCUGGGCCAGAUGGAGGCCGCUCCCCAGUUCACAGUGGUGGUCCGCCAGAAGGCGCGGGAGUGGGGGUUUUCGUCCUCACAUCGGCACACCGUGGUCAUGCAGUACGAGGCGGUUGACAGCCCGGCUGCCUGGGCAGCUCAGCUGCACGGAUGUUCGCUCCUGAACGUGAGCACCAUAGCCGAAGGCGCCGUCCUUGCGUCCGCUGAUGGGCUAUGUGAACUGCUCGCCAGCUGCCAUGCGCAGCUGUGCGAGCAAGUGCGUGAGCAAAGCCUCGGUGGCAAGAAAACCUAUGAUCUCGGAAGAGGACAAAACGUCCACCCACCGGCGCUUCUGUUGCCGGCUGGCACAGUGAAGCUGUUCUCGUGCAUGGGACAAGCAGCUCCAAGCUGCAGCGAGACUAUUCGAACACAAUGGCACUACAAGCAGAGCCAGGUAAGCAUGAAAGGCUACAGCCUUGCCUUCUCCAUAAAGACCUUGCUGGGGCAAGCGAGCAAUGGCACCUCGCUGAGCUUGUUGAUGGAGAUCCGAAGGAACCUGACCAAACAGAAUGCCGAGCGAUUCGACGAGGACGCUGCGCGGGAGGUCUGGCGACUGCCGGAGCCGUCAGGUGACCUUCUCGCCACACUGGCAGUCCUGGACGAGGAAAUGCCCGUGCUCCUGGCAGAAGCUCUGAUGAAGAGCCCGUUGGGCACGAUGCCACCCGUGACACCGCAGGUGCAGGCGGCCUUCGGUAACCUGACGAAGCUGCUGGUGUCCCUGGAGGAUGCGGCGCAGCUCGGGCAGCUGGGAGCGCUGGCGCAGCUCGCGCCGAAGCUGCGAGUGCUCACGAUCUCCUGCGCUCUGUGCCCGGUGGACCGCAAAUUCCCGGAGCCCGAGGCUCUGCGGUCCUUCGAGCGCCUCAGCGCUCUCGAGAAGUUGGCGCUCACCCGCUUCCGGCUCUGGACUCUUCGAGAUCAGGCCUUCGGAAGCCUCGGAGGGCUGAAGUGGUUGAAUCUGUACGGCAACCAACUCCAGAGCCUGGAGCCCGGCGCUUUCCAGGGGCUCCAAGAGCUGAAGGGGUUGUAUCUGUCCGACAACCAACUCCAGAGCCUGGAGCCCGGCGCUUUCCAGGGGCUGGGAGGGCUGAAGAAGUUGGAUCUGGGCUUCAACCACCUCCGCAGCCUGAAGCCGGGCGCUUUCCAGGGGCUCAAAGGGCUGAAGGAGUUGGAUCUGGGCGUCAACCACCUCCAGAGCCUGGAGCCCAACGCUUUCCAGGGGCUCAAAGGGCUGAAGGAGUUGGUUCUGGAGGGCAACCCGCUGCAAACCCCCCCAGCGAUCUGCAAGGAAGAGGGCCGGAAGUCGGGGGAAGCCUCGACCAAGGGCUCCGAGAGUGGGCCGUUACCCGUCAGGAGUCUCGGGGGCUCAGCGGUUUUGUUCUUGGAUCUUCUGGGUCUCAUGGAUGUCCUCGCCGGCCGUGUGGCUUUGGUCACUGGCGGCGGCAGCGGCAUCGGCUUCGAGGCUUGGGAUUUAGAAGGCGCGCACAACGAGAAACUUUGUCAAACGGGAUUGAAGCAAGGGGCCGAGCCACCAGCACGGGAGGAGCUUUGGUUCCCCACCUACGGUAGCUCUCCCCAAAUGCACGGACCUAUGGGAGAUGCUGCCACUGCCAAGCGCGAGCACAUCUCAGACGAGGCACGUCUAAAGCGCGCGGAGUGGGAAGGAAGGAACUUGAAUCCAGCCACGCGACAAGCUUGCGAAGACAUCUGCUCUGCGGAGCUGACGCUGACGCUGAAGACGUUGACUUUUCUCGCUGCUUCAGCCUGCGGCAUCGGACCAGAAGGGACCUCCCAGGAGGAGUGCCCAGAGAUCUGCACUUCGCCUUCGGGCCGCAGUGGUUCCUACGAGCUGCACGGAGAAGCCGCCAGAAGCCUUGGGAAGGCCAAGUACUUCGUGAGCGCCAACUGUGCAGAUGCCUCGGCCGAUUCUAGCCCAAAGGCCAACGUGGUGCCCUGGAUCGAUGCCGAGGACCCGGUGAAUGGCUCGUUCGUGGCAGUCUUCGUAGACCCCGUCCUUAUUAACAAGAUGCGUGCUGGGACGUCGGACAAAGCCAAGCUCUGUGCAGCUCAGAGCGACGAUACCCAUUGCGUUUGCAAGCUGAGUGGUGAACGGCCGCUGGGCGUGCUGGGACGCAUGUUGGCGGCACUCCCCCACUCCAAGAAAGCGCAGGCGCUGCAGAUUUCCAUGGAGAACUGCCCGGAGGGGGUGCCGGACCUCCUGGCUGGCACGGUGCUGGCAAGCCUCGUGCUGAUUCUUGGGGUGUCCGUCCGGAUGGUGUGCAUGUCUGCGGCAAGCGAGAAGCUGGAGGAACCCAAGCCGGCGACGCUAAAUCAGAGUUUUGUCAGGGUGAAGAGCCCGAUGCAGAACUUCCUCAGCAGCUACUCCUGGGCAGCCGGCUUUCUCCUCUCCUUGAUGGCCUUGCAGACGGGAGCCUUGGCAGUGGUCCGGAAGUCCUCCGAAGAGGAGGCCCCCGUGUGGAUCGUCGCAGCCUGCCCUGCCGCCCUGGCGCUUGCGGCUGCCCUGCGCCUGUCGCAGCUUCUCGUGAAGAAGCAGUUGGUGCACGCGUUCCUGAAGUGGGACGUGAUCAUCACCGAUUUGCCGGAUGACGUUAUCCUCGACGCCGUGCUCGUGGUCGCAAUCCUGGCGUACUUCCUCUUCAUCCUCUACCUCGUAAGCAUCGACCUGCAGACACUGGUGGUCGCCUUGACAGCUCUGGGCAGCGCAUUGUGGACCGUCCUCAAGGCCGUGAGCACUGCGCGGGACCUGGACAAUAGUCUCGAGACCGUGGAGAUGGGCUCUUCGUGCCUGGUAGCCGGCACGGUAAGGCUCGAAAUGAAGCCACUGCCCUGGGCCACGCUGCUGGCUCUCAAGGAACCGCAGGAGCUUCGCAAGCUCUUGGAGUCGGACUCCCCCAGCACCGGAUCCACGUUGCCUUCCUCGACUGCAUCGUCCCGCAGAUGGAGCUUGACAUCCGUGGCUCGGCAGGGGCCCCUGCUCCGUUUCUUGAGCCGCUCCCGAGCCGGCUUCCUCGUGUUGCCAGCCUUCCUGGCCCUGGUGGCAUUCUCGUGCUGCAUCUCCGCCGGGCACAUGACGGCCUACGCGUGUUCGGUCGGGGAGCUCGCGGACCUGAAGCUGGCCAGCUCCUUGCACUCCCUGGAGUUCCUCCCCUGGCGGCUUGGCUCGCAAAAGCCUGGUUUGUCCAAAUGGGCGAAUACAAAUUAUGAUGUCAAGUUGCGAGUUUGGGCUCUGAGGCAGACCCGGUACGAAGUCACAAGCGACGUGUCCUUCACGAAAUUGGCCCUGGUUGCCAGUGUCCGCCCCUCUGCCACCCGCCUUAUGUCCAUCGCCCAGCCGCAAGCUACGAGCAUGCCGCCUUCCAGCCCCCGAGUCAUUGCGGUUGAGGAGAAGCAGAGCGUGGCGGUCGAAGAGAUCCAGCUGUCGCACAGGCAAGUUCCGCGCGUGGCCACCAUCCGCGUCCAGGGCCUCCGUCCUUCUCGGCCCGAAACCACGUAUGAAGUGCGCUUCUCGCCAUCGGCGACGAUGCCGGCAGCCCUCCGGAUCACCGCCCAGGAGUUCCAGAGAACCAUCGCCUGGUCUUCCUUGCCCGGAUCGGUCUUCAGCAUCCCAGAAGGUCUCCAAGACUUUCGCGUCGAAGUGCAGCUCGCCGACUUCCUCCUGGGCUUCCCGAGGCCCCGCAGCCACGGACCCGCUGCUGUGGGGCAGCUUUGGACGACUUACUGGGACCGCCCGAAUGCGACGGAGGAGAGCUGCUCAGCGGAUUGCGCCCAUGACCUGGCAUGCCUGGAGUCCUACGUCGGACCAGGUGGCUGCUACGCGGUGCUUGCCGACAGGAAGGGGUUGGAGUCGGGCGACCUCUCCGAGAAUCUUCCAAGCUCAGUCAAGGCUGCAGAGCAGAAUCUCACGGGCCGCUUGAGCGGGUGUCGGCUGGAGGAGGUGCGAGCCGCUGGAGAGGCAGAGGAGGCCAAGCGAGGCAAGACGACUCAGUGCAGGGACGACGUGGAGAUGAAGCCAGGCCAACUCCAGCUCCCCUUCGGCAGAGUGCAGCCAGACUGGGCCUUCCGCCUCGCUACCCUCAGCUUUGCUUUGAAGCUGGAGACGGGAGGCCAAAAGUUCGAGGCCGAGGCCACGCCCAUCUUUUUCAGGCAAGGGACGCCACCUCCAAGCGACGCGAUGGCCAUGCUCGUAGGACACAACGCCAGCGGCAGCUUCGUGCUGAAGACCGAGAGCUCCCUGGACGUGCAGGGAAACGUGGUCAUCUCCGUCUCGAAGUACGACCCGCUUGCCUUUGACACGCUUCGCUUGCUCGUGAUGCCGAUGCUGCCGGACCCCGCCUUCCGAGCCAACUGGUCCGAGUGGUCUCCAGCCACUAAGGCAGACCUGCAGCUCCUGCAACGGCACGGGCGCUGCUUGGAGAGCGGGUUGAUCAGGUGGCGCUAUAGCAUCUGUGGUGCCUACCACGCCACCAACCACGGCUCAGCCCUCGGAGAUCAGCCACUUGCCGUGCAGAUUAACCCAAUCCAGGGCCAGAUGGAGGCCGCUCCCCAGUUCACAGUGGUGGUCCGCCAGAAGGCGCGACGGUGGGCUUUCUCGCGCUCACAACCACGCACCGUGCUCAUGCAGUACGAGGCCGUUGAUAGCCCCGCUGCCUGGGCAGCUCAGCUGCACGGAUGUUCGCUCCUGAACGUGAGCACCAUAGCCGAAGGCGCCGUCCUUUCGUCUUCUGAUGCGCUAUGCGAGCUGCUCCCAACUUGCCAUGCGCAGCUGUGCGUGCAAGUGCGUGUGCAAAGCCUCGGUGGCAGGGCAACAUGGGAUUACGGAACAGGACGAUACAUCCACCCACCUCCCCUGCUGUCACCAGCUGGCAGCGUGAAGCUGCUAGCCUGCGUGGAAGCGGCAGCUCCAAGCUGCAGCGAGAGCCUUCGAACGGCAUGGCACUACAAGCAGAGCAAGGUAGGCAUGAAAGGCUACAGCCUGAUAUUCUCCAUGAAGACCUUGCUGGAGCAAGCGAGCAACGGCACCGCGCUGAGCUUGCUGAAGGAGAUCCGAAGGAACCUGACGCAAGAGGAAGCCGAGCGAUUCGAUAAGGACACUGUGCGCGAGGUUUGGCGACUGCCGGAGCCGUCAGGUGACCUUCUCGCCACACUGGCAGUCCUGGACGAGAAAAUGCCCCAGCGCCUGGCAGAAGCUCUGGUGAAGAGCCCCUUGGGCACGAUGCCACCCGUGACGCCGCAGGCGGCCUUCGCCGACCUGACGGAGCUGGAGGUGUCCCUGGAGGAUGCGGCCCAGCUCGGGCAGCUGGGCGUGCUGGCGCAGCUCGUGCCGAAGCUGCGAGAGCUCGAGAUCUCCUGCCUCCUGUGCCCGGCGGACCGCCAAAUCCCGGAGCCCGAAACUCUGCGGUCCUUCGAGCGCCUCAGCGCUCUCGAGGCGUUGGUGCUCACCCGCUUCCGGCUCUGGACUCUUCGAGAUCAGGCCUUCGGAAGCCUCGGAAAGCUGAAGGGGUUGCGUCUGUUCAACAACCAACUCCAGAGCCUGCAGUCCGGCGCGUUCCAGGGGCUCAAAGAGCUGAAGGGGUUGGGUCUGGCCAGCAACCACCUCCAGAGCCUCCAGCCCAACGCUUUCCAGGGGCUCAAAGGGCUGAAGAAGUUGGAUCUGGAUGUCCUCGCCGGCCGUGUGGCUUUGGUCACUGGCGGCGGCAGCGGCAUCGGUUUCGAGGUCGCACGCCAGUUCGGCCUGCAUGGCUGUGCAGGCGUCGUGCUCGUCGGACGCAGGCCUGAGUUCUUGCAGCAGGCAUCUGCUCUGCUCGCCGGGGAAGGAGGACUGCGAGACCGCCGUGAGACUUGGAAUGCGAUGGAGGGGAACUGGGUUACAGAAGGAACGCGGCAGCAGGGAAUUUCUUUUGCGGAAGCCGAGGAGAUCUCCAGCAAGGGCUUCAAGGCCGUCAUGGCACCUUGCCUCACCGGGAUCGACACGCGGGGCGCUUUCGACAUGCGCCGCAGCGCCUUCGAGCCACUGACUGGAGAAGGCGAGAACAACGAACAACUUUGUCAAAAGGAAUUGGAGCAAGGGGCCGAGCCACCAGCACGGGAGGAGAUUUGGUUCCCGAUCCUUUUCAGAGCUGCUUCUGCCUGCGGCAUCGGGCCAGAAGGGACCUUCCAGGAGGAGUGCCCAGAGAUCUGCACAUCGCCUUCGGGCCGCAGUGGUUCCUACGAGCUGCACGGAGAAGCCGCCAGGUACUUCGUGAGCGCCAACUGUGCAGAUGCCUCGGCCGAUUCCAGCCCAAAGGCCAACGUGGUGCCCUGGAUCGACGCCAAGGACCCGGUGAAUGGCUCCUUCGUGGCAAUCUUCGUAGACCCCGUCCUUAUUAACAAGAUUCGUGCGACGUCGGACAAAGCCAAGCUCUGUGCAGCUCAGCCGCUUGGCAGCCACGUCUCGAAGACGCGGAGCGACGAUGCCCUUUGCGUUUGCAAGCUGAGUGGCGAACGGCCGCUGGGCGUGCUGGGACGCAUGUUGGCGGCACUCCCCCACUCCAAGAAAGCGCAGGCGCUGCAGCGGAUCUCUAUGGAGAACUGCCCGGAGGGGGUGCCGGACCUCCUGGCUGGCACGGUGCUGGCAAGCCUCGUGCUGAUUCUUGGGGUGUCCGUCUGGAUGCUGUGCAUGUCUGCGGCAAGCGAGAAGCUGGAGGAGCCCGAGCCGGCGACGCUGAAUCAGAGUUUCGUCAGGGUGAAGAGCCCCAUGCAGAACUUCCUCAGCAGCUACUCCUGGGCAGCCGGCUUUCUCCUCUCCCUGAUGGCCUUGCAGACGGGAGCCUUGGCAGUGGUCCGGAAGUCCUCCGAAGAGGAGGCCCCCGUGUGGAUCGUCGCAGUCUGCCCUGCCGUGUUGGCGCUUGCAGCUGCCCUGCGCCUGUCGCAGCUUCUCGUGAAGAAGCAGUUGGUGCACGCGUUCCUGAAGUGGGAUGUGAUCAUCACCGAUUUGCCGGAUGACGUUAUCCUCGACGCCGUGCUCGUGGUCGCAAUCCUGGCGUACUUCCUCUUCAUCCUCUACCUCGUAAGCAUCGACCUGCAGACACUGGUGGUCGCCUUGACAGCUCUGGGCAGCGCAUUGUGGACCGUCCUCAAGGCCGUUAGCACUGCACGCGACUUAGACAAUAGUCUCGAGAUCGUGGAGAUGGGCUCUUCGUGCCUGGUAGCCGGCACGGAAAAGCUCAAAAUGAAGCCACUGCCCUGGGCCACGCUGCUGGCGCUCAAGGAACCGCAGGAGCUUCGCAAGCUCUUGGAGUCGGACUCCGGCACCGGAUCCACGUUGCCUUCCUCGACUGCAUCGUCCCGCAGAUGGAGCUUGACAUCCGUGGCUCGGCAGGGGCCCCUGCUACGUUUCUUGAGCCGCUCCCGAGCCGGCUUCCUCGUGUUGCCAGCCUUCCUGGCCCUGGUGGCGUUCUCGUGCUGCGUCUCCGCCGGGCACAUGACGGCCUAUGCCUGUUCGGUCGGGGAGCUCGCGGACCUGAAGCUGGCCAGCUCCUUGCACUCCCUGGAGUUCCUCCCCUGGCAGACCCGGUACGAAGUCACAAGCGACGUCUCCUUCACGAAAUUGGCCCUGGUUGCCAGUGUCCGCCCCUCUGCCACCCGCCUUAUGUCCAUCGCCCAGCCGCAAGCUACGAGCAUGCCGCCUUCCAGCCCCCGAGUCAUUGCGGUUGAGGAGAAGCAGAGCGUGGCGGUCGAAGAGAUCCAGCUGUCGCACAGGCAAGUUCCGCGCGUGGCCACCAUCCGCGUCCAGGGCCUCCGUCCUUCUCGGCCCGAAACCACUUACGAAGUGCGCUUCUCGCCGUCAGCCACAAUGCCGGCAUCCUUCCGGAUCACCGCCCAGGAUUUCCAGAGAACCAUCGCCUGGUCUUCCUUGCCCGGAUCGGUCUUCAGCAUCCCAGAAGGUGUCCAAGACUUUCGCUUCGAAGUGCAGCUCGCCGACUUCCUCCUGGGCCUCCCGAGGCCCCGCAGCCAGGGACCCGCUGCUCUGGGUCAGCUUUGGACGACUUACCGGGACCGCCCGAAUGCGACGGAGCAGAGCUGCUCUGCGGACUGUGGCCACGACCUGGCAUGCCUGGAGUCCUACGUCGGACCAGGUGGCUGUUACGCGGCUGCAGAGCAGAAUCUCACGGGCCGCUUGAGCGGGUGUCGGCUGGAGGUGCGAGCCGCUGGAGAGGCAGAGGAGGCCAAGCGAGGCAAGACGCAGUGCAGCGACGCCGUGGAGAUGAAGCCAGGCCAACUCCAGCUCCCCUUCGGCAGAGUGCAGCCAGACUGGGCCUUCCACCUCGCUACCCUCAGCUUCGCAUUGGAGCUGGAGACGGGAGGCCAAAAGUUCGAGGCGGAGGCCACGCCCAUCUUUUUCAGGCAGGGGACGCCACCUCCAAGCGACGCGAUGGCCAUGCUCGUAGGGCAGAACGCCAGCGGCAGCUUCGUGCUGAAGACCGAGAGCUCCCUGGACGUGCAGGGAAACGUGGUCAUCUCCGUCUCGAAGUACGACCCGCUUGCCUUUGACACGCUUCGCUUGCUCGUGAUGCCGAUGCUGCCGGACCCGGCCUUCCGCGCCAACUGGUCCGAGUGGUCUCCAGCCACUAAGGCAGACCUGCAGCUCCUGCAACGGCACGGGCGCUGCUUGGAGAGCGGUCUCAUCAGGUCGCGCUACAGCAUCUGCGGUGCCUACCACGGCUCGAACGACAGCUCAGCCCUCGGAGAUGAACCCCUUUCGGUGCAGAUUACCCCAAUCCAGGGCCAGAAGGAGGCCGCUCCCCAGUUCACAGUGGUGCCCCACCAGCAGGCCCGGGAGUGGGGGUUUUCGUCCUCACAGCAGCACACCGUGGUCAUGCAGUACGAGGCCGUUGACAGCCCCGCUGCCUGGGCAGCUCAGCUGCACGGAUGUUCGCUCCUGAACGUGAGCACGAUGGUUGAAGGCGCCGUCCUUGCGUCCGCGGACGCCCUAUGUGAGCUGCUCCCAACUUGCCAUGCGCAGCUGUGCGAGCAAGUGCGUGAGCGAAGCCUCGGUGGAGAGGACACCUGGGACAUGGGGUCUUUUCGAAACGUCCACCCACCACCGCUCCUGGCGCCGGCUAGCACCGUGAAGCUGCUAGCCUGCAUGGAAGAAGCCGCUCCAAGCUGCAGCGAGACUAUUCGAACACAAUGGCACUACAAGCAGAGCCAGGUAGGAAUGGAAGGCUAUAGCCUUGCAUUCUCGGUCAAGACCUUGCUGGAGCAAGCGAGCAACGGCACCUCGCUGCGCUUGCUGGAGGCGAUCCGAAGGAACCUGCGCCAAGAGGAAGCCGAGCGAUUCGACAAGGACGCUGUGCGGGAGGUCUGGCGACUGCCGGAGCCGUCGGGUGACCUUCUCGCCACACUGGCAGUCCUGGACGAGAGAAUGCCCCAGCGCCUGGCAGAAGCUCUGGUGAAGAGCCCCUUAGGCACGAUGCCACCCGUGACGCCGCAGGUGCAGGUGGCCUUCGCCAGCCUGACGAAGAUGCGGCAGGUGUAUCUGGAGGAUGCGGCCCAGCUCGGGCAGCUGGGCGCGCUGGCGCAGCUCGCGCCGAAACUGCGAGAGCUCACGAUCAGCUGCCUCCGGUGCCCGGUGGACCGCAAAUUCCCGGAGCCCGAGGCUCUGCGGUCCUUCGAGCGGCUCAGCGCUCUCACCGAGUUGCGGCUCAACAACUUCCGGCUCUUGACUCUUCAAGCGAAGGCCUUCGGAAGCCUCGGAGAGCUGAAAGAGUUGCAUCUGUACAGGAGCCAACUCCAAAGCCUAGAGCCCGGCGCUUUCCAGGGGCUCAAAGAGCUGAAGGAGUUGUUUCUGGCCAACAACCACCUCCAGAGCCUCCAGCCCAACGCUUUCCAGGGGCUCAAAGGGCUGAAGAUGUUGUGGCUGCGCUUCAACCAACUCCGGAGCCUCCAGCCCGGCGCUUUCCAGGGGCUCAAAGAGCUGAAGAAGUUGGAUCUGGACGGCAACCAACUCCAGAGCCUAGAGCCCGGAACUUUCCAGGGGCUCAAGGAGCUGGAGGAGUUGGAACUGUUCCGCAACCCGCUGCAAACCCCCCCAGCGAUCUGCAAGGAACAGGGAUUGAAAUGCAAAAUUUGA